AUGAAUAAACGGUUUUGUAUUUUAUGUGCUAAUUUUACUGGGAAAAGGAUCCUACUAAAUUUUAGCAGAAAUGAAUCAAGAUUGGUGAGGUCUUCAGCAGAGCUAGAUGAAUCAGUUUCAAAUGAAUUAGACAACAAUCUUAAACCUAGGCGUCAUCCGGGUGUUAUGAAUCAUAAACCGGUAUCUUUACCUGAAGUAAUAAAAAAAUCAAUUUCAAAUUUAUUAGCUGGAGAAGUACCCAAAAAGCAAAUGCUAUGUGAAGCCCAACCACUGGAAAGAUAUCUGAUGGCGAGACAAGUCCCUGUAGAAAAAGCAGAAUUUUUCGAUAAACGUCUUGAAACAAUGAAUGAAGUUAGAAAUAGCUUAGAAAUUGAUAUUGAAAGUUUACCUCAAGAAGAGCAAGACAGAUGGAAUAAAUCAAUUAGUGACAAAGUUGAUAACUUGUUAAAGAAGAAACUGUAUUCGUGGAAUCAAAUUGACUUUACUAAUUAUAUGAGCCAACUUUAUCUAGUUACAAGAAGUGCUGCAGAAUAUGCUGUUGUUUACAAAAUCUUUCAAGAAAUAUGUAAAAGAACAAAUUUUGUUCCUAAUACUGUUUUCGAUUUUGGUUCCGGAAUGGGAUCUGUAAUAUGGGCAGCUAAUUCUAUUUGGGGAAGUUCAGUGAAAGAAUAUUUCUGCGUUGAUUCAUCCAGUCAUAUGAAUAGUCUAAGCGAACAGAUAUUAAAAAGAACUGAGCCGGAUAUUAUGAAAAGGAUAUUUUAUAGACAGUUUUUGCCUUCUUCUAGUGAGAUCACUUCUGAUCUUGUCAUCAGUUCUUAUUCACUUUUGGAAUUGUCAUCAAAACAAAAUCGAUUAGAUACAUUGAUAAAUCUUUGGAAAAGGACCGGAAAGUAUUUAGUACUAAUUGAAUUUGGCAGCGAAGGUGGUUUCAAGGUAUUGAAUGAAGCCCGAACAGCUAUAUUACACCAUGUUAAUAAAGGCAAGACUUUUGAAAAUGAAGCAUCAUAUAUUUUUGCUCCUUGCCCUCAUCAUAAUUCUUGUCCAAGAUCUGAUGAUAAAUGCUUCUUCGAAGCAUCGUAUACUUCCUUCCCUCAAAAACCAGAACACCUAAGAAAAGAGUAUUAUUCAUAUGUUGUUUUUGCGAAAGGUGAAAGACAUGAAAAAGUUGAUAGCCAUUGGCCAAGGAUCGUGCAACCUGUAUUGUGUCGGUCAAGACAUGUUAUUUGCCGUUUAUGUUCCAGUUCAGGAAAUAUGAAAGAAGUUAUCAUUACUCCUUCAAAACAUGGAAAGAAGGCUUAUAGAUGUGCCAAGGCUUCUCGCUGGGGCGAUUUGUUUCCAUUUAAGCUGAAACCAUAUGAAAAAAGUCCAACUGAGAAGAAAGACUAA